UGUGGGCGGAGCUUGCGCAGCCGCCGGGUCCCCUGCGCGCGCUGCCCUCCGCCCCUGGCCACCGCGCUCCUCCGCGGACACGCACUUCCUGAGAGGCCUCUGUGCGCACCUUAGCCGAGCCGAACCGAGCCGAGCUCAGCCUUGCCCUUCCAAGCCGUUCGCCAUGGUGGACGAGCUGGUGCUGCUGCUGCACGCGCUCCUGAUGCGGCACCGCGCCCUGAGCAUCGAGAACAGCCAGCUCAUGGAACAGCUGCGGCUGCUGGUGUGCGAGAGGGCCACCCUACUGCGCCAGGUACGUCCGCCGAGUUGCCCGGUGCCCUUCCCUGAAACGUUUAACGGCGAGAGCUCUCGGCUCCCUGAGUUUAUCGUGCAGACGGCGUCUUACAUGCUUGUCAACGAGAACCGAUUCUGCAACGACGCCAUGAAGGUGGCAUUCCUAAUCAGCCUGCUCACCGGGGAAGCCGAGGAGUGGGUGGUGCCGUACAUUGAGAUGGAUAGCCCCAUCCUAGGUGAUUACCGGGCCUUCCUCGAUGAGAUGAAACAGUGUUUUGGCUGGGAUGACGAUGAAGAAGACGACGACGACGACGAAGAUGAUGAUUACUAGGCCCCGAGACCCUCGGGCCUAGGUGGGAGGGCCCUGCACGCCGCUCCCCUCCCCCGCGCCCCCUCCUGCCCUGUCCGGAGCCGCCGCGCUCCCCCUCGCCCUCCUAUCCCCUUUCCUACCCCUGCCCUCCCAUUCUCUUCCUCAUCCCCCGCCUCCCUCGUAGUGCUUGUCUUUGUUCCAGGAAUAGUGAGUGCUCCAGUUACCUGCUGCUGGAGCUGGGGCCCCGCUGUGAAGCGCUCCGCCACCCAGUCUGGCCAGCCCCAGGACCCUCCGCUGCUAAUUUGGACUGUGUCCUGAGCCCCAGCUUUAGGGCAGGACCCUGUUACAAAGUGGUCAGACUACGCACAGCCCUGCCAAACUGCCAGGCCUACAUCUGCCCAGAGACUUAAAGCUGCCACUUCACCGUCGUCCAUCACAUUCCAGUGACAGACCACCACCUUUGGAGAUAAGAGUCAACCUAGAAGAUGCCUGAGUUGGCUACACCUCCUCGGACAAUGAUUUGUACAGCUCACCAACCUUUAAGGGGCCAGUCUUGCAGCCUGGUUAGUUCCCUACCUGCUCCCAGAGUCCUCCCUUGCCCCACCAAAUUGCUGCAGGGGCCUAGUGUGCCUGGCAGCCAAAUUGUUGACAUUUCUUUUCUCCUAGGCACCCGUUUUGCACAGCUGUUAUUUUUUUUCCAAAAUGGCAGCAGUCCCACAGAUGUGUGCAUUUGGACAAAAAUACUAAAAACAAACAAGAACAGGCACUCGGCCCAGCUCCUCAAUACUACCUGGAAAAAGCACUUGUUCUUUUCAAUAAAUAUCAAGCACUACUCAAAAAAGAAAGGAGUGUCUUUUAAUGGUUAAGUGCCAUCAUUGGCCACUACCCCUCUCACUCAGUCUGACUCCCAUUGUUCCCACUGAGAUCAGGGAAGUUAGUUCAAUGCCAGUACUCCCCACUGUCAUCUCUAGGCUACAGAGGACAUCUACCACAGGACUUUAUUGGGAUUCUGGUGCUCCCCUCACCAAGGCAUUUCUUAAAGCCCUGGCAAAGGGAGUGUCCUCUGGAGCCUCCGGGGUGACAUGGGUAAGGGGUGACUGAGCAGGUGGCACACCAUCCCAAACUGGGACACUUUUGAGAGUGAAAGUGACACUAUUAAUAAUUAGACUGGGACAACAGGCAUAAAUCUGGACACAUACAAUAUUCCUAUCUUCCUGAGCCUUUGGGUUCCUUCCUUAACACUGCCAGGGAGGUUCUGUCCUUUAAUUCUUAUUGCCUGUGGAGUACUAUUAAGUUCAGGCUGCAGUUAACAACGUAGCACAUUGUUUUAAUGCCCCUCUCAGGUGCUCGAGCUAAAAUUAAAUCCUUGUUCCUUGGUAAGUGCACCGGUAAUAAAUAGAAUCUUAACAUUUCAUCCUCCUUGGGCAGACACCCUUAGAAUCCCCACCCAUACAUAUGCCUCAGGUUCCUGCCUAUGGAAAUUGGCACUAUGCCUGGCUAUCUCCUGAACUAGACCUUGUACUGCUAUCUGGGCUAUGCUGAGAUCUCUGUGGCCCAAGAGGGCUCAGAGGCAUUGAGAGAGUGGGGUGGGUGCUGAGAAUAAUGUGCAUACCUCUGUGAGGCCAUUACCCCAGGUUAAGUCAUUGAAAUGUUAAAUCAGAGAAGCUUGGUUGGGGGAUUUGUGGGGGCUCCCUCUGCCAGCCAGGCACGUUCAGGAGGAUUUGAGGAGUUCAGAGUUAUCAUUCUCAUCUAUAUCUGCUAAUGUCCUCAUUGUACCAUGCCUGGAGGCAGCCCUACCUUACGACCUCUAAUUUAGACAAUAAAUUUCUUUAUUGUUUAA